AUGAAAUUUGAGUUGUCGGUGCGAUGCAUGUCAGAUUGUUUUGUAGUUGUGGAAAUUCAGGGAAUAUUUUGGGGACGAGCAAUUUUCCAUCUUAACACAACUAAAGCUAAGAUUUUCUGGAAACAAUAUGAUGUGUCGUCAAAACGGAAACAAAAUGUUUCAGUUCGUAAAAAAAAGUGCCAUCGGAGCCAUCGACAGAAUUUCAACAAGUCUUGGAGCAACUUUUUGGCCAACUUGCACUGCGAAGUGAACUGCUGGACAACAUCCGCACAGUACCCAGAAGAAGAAAUCGAAGGAAUCGAACUGCCAACGACGACAACAAGAAGACGUAAUACAACAACUACAGUACCCCCGACGGCUACGGCUCGUGCAACAAUCACGACAAUUACAAGACCACCACCUCCACCUCCAGUUAUUCCAGAAAGAAGAGAAGAGCAUACGGGUAGAAUUGGACACAAAAAUGUUUUGAAGAUUCUCAUUCCAGCACCUCUCCGAGCAAAAUAUGUUUCUCGUAACACAAUUGUCGAAACUUCGAGAGAAAAAGUUCCAGAAAAAGAAGAAGUUGACGAGAAACGUCUGACAAGUGCAUUCUGUGCACGAAUGUUGGAGAAUGCGAAGAAUUAUGCAGUCACUUCGAAAACAGACAUAACCUUAUUUCCCGAAGGGAAUAACUUCUGA